AUGUCUGUAGGACCAGUUAUCAUUAGAAAAUCUCUGAAUAAUUGUGAAGUUUCAGGAAUUCAUAUUAAGGCAGAAUUUGAUUACUCUUUUCUCACCAAUGUUCAGGGACCAAGAUCAUGUAAUAAGACAAGACCGAUUAUUGACGCAAAGACCAAGCAGAAUAUAGCUCAACAACCUGUUGACAAUAAAAUUCUUAAUGUGUUUCCAAGAAAAAAAGUUGAUGCUCUGAAAAAUGACUCUGAUGAAUCAUUAGAAUUUAGAGCAUCC